CCUGCUCAUGAUGCAAUUUUUUUUUCCCUUUGUAGUUAGUACAGGUUUUAGAGAGAGAAAGAGACGGAGGUGGGGUAUAGGACAGGCAUUAAAUCGAGUGGUCUGGACAAUGCUGGAAAAUCGGUGCCUUUUUUACAUGGUUUAGAGAGAUUUCCAGCCUCUGGUCAGCUGUUUCCUGGCUUUGAUUCGGGGCUUGCCAUUGAAUUUGAAGGUACCCAGUUGAGUUUUGAGUCUUUCUUUCCCUUCUUGUUGCCGAAAUCUUGAGUUUCUGUUCGGUUUAGAGGGGAAAGAAAGCAAAAAAAAUUGAGGGAAAUAUAUUUGGAAUCCAAAAUGAGCGCGAUUUCGGGUUUAGUUUCAAGGCAAGUAAUGCCUGCAUGUGGUAGCCUUUGUUUCUUUUGCCCUGCAAUGAGGGCAAGGUCCAGACAGCCUGUCAAGAGGUAUAAGAAGCUCAUUGCAGAUAUUUUUCCUCGAAACCAGGAGGAAGGACCAAAUGACCGGAAGAUUGGAAAACUGUGUGAAUAUGCUGCUAAAAAUCCUCUCCGUAUCCCAAAGAUCACAUGCUCUCUUGAGCAAAGGUGUUACAAGGAACUGAGAAUAGAGAACUUUCAAUCUGCAAAAAUUGUGAUGUGCAUUUACAGGAAAUUGCUGGUCACCUGCAAGGAGCACAUGACUUUGUUUGCAAGUAGCUUACUGGGCAUCAUUAAUACUCUAUUGGAUCAAACACGGCAGGAUGACAUCCAAGUUAUAGGAUGCGAGACUCUGUUUGACUUUGUAAAUAAUCAGAAGGAUGGAACUUACAUGUUUAACUUAGAAGGAUUUAUUCCAAAACUCUGUCAGUUUGCUCAAGAAGAGGGAGAGGAUGAAAGGGCAAAAAGUCUACGGGCAGCCGGGCUGCAAGCCCUUUCUUCAGUGGUUUGGUUUAUGAGUCAACAUUCUCAUAUUUCAGUGGAGUUUGACAAUGUAGUUUCAGUAGUCUUGGAAAAUUAUGGUGGUCCUAUGAGGAGUUCAGAGAACCUAGAUACUGACAAGCAAGGUCCUCAGAGUCGGUGGGUGCAAGAAGUGCUGAAAAAUGAGGGGCAUGUCACUCCUUUGCCAGAGGUCACUACAAGGGUUCCUUCUUGGAGGACAAUUGUUAAUGAGAGAGGCGAAGUAAAUAUGACAGAAGAAGACUCCCAGAACCCCUGCUUUUGGUCCAGGGUUUGCUUGCAUAACAUGGCCAAGUUAGGGAAGGAGGCUACAACAAUUCGGCGUGUUCUUGAAUCUUUGUUCCGAUACUUCGAUAAUGGAAAUUUAUGGUCUCUUGAAAAUGGUCUUGCCUUCCCAGUUUUAAAGGAUAUGCAGUUUUUAAUGCAUAAUUCUGGGCAAAAUACACAUGUUUUGCUUUCCAUAUUGAUUAAGCAUCUCGAUCACAAAAAUGUCCUUAAAGAACCCAGCAUGCAGCUUGAUAUUGUUGAGGUUACCACUGCCCUUGCUCAGCAUGUGAAGGCCGACCCUUCUGUGGCAAUAAUUGGCGCUGUAAGUGAUGUCAUGCGUCAUUUGCGGAAAAGCAUACACUGCUCACUUGAUGAUGCAAAUCUGGGUGCUGAAAUAAAAAAUUGGAACAAAAACUUGAGAGAAGUGGUGGAUAAAUGCCUUACUGAGUUAGCAUAUAAGGUUGGAGAUGCUGCCCCUAUCCUUGACAUUAUGGCUGUGAUGCUGGAGAACAUCUCAAAUAUUACUGUUAUAGCCAGAACUACUAUUUCUGCUGUUUAUCGUACUGCUCAAAUUGUUGCCUCAUUACCAAAUUUAUCAUAUCAAAACAAGGCAUUCCCUGAAGCUCUAUUUCAUCAGUUACUUCCAGCAAUGGUCCAUCCUGACCAUGAAACAAGAAUUGGAGCUCAUUGCAUCUUUUCUGUUGUUCUCGUGCCAUCUUCAGUUUCACCUUGUCCAUCCUCAAAUAAUAAAGGCUCUGAUCUUUCGCGGACUCUCUCAAGAACUGUCUCUGUCUUUUCUUCUUCAGCUGCCCUUUUUGACAAGCUACGGAGGGAUAAAACUUCCACCAGGGAAAAUGUCUUUCAAGACAGCAAAAAUUAUGCUCAUGAAGGUGAACAAAUCAGUAAUGGGAUGCUUGCUAGAUUGAAGUCAUCUACCAGUCAAGUAUACAGCUUGAAAAAUCCUCUUGUACCUUCAACAUCAGAUGAGAAUCUUGUAAGCAACUUAAAUAAGGAAACCGAGGCUGGUUCUCUAAGGCUGAGUAGCCGCCAGAUCACUCUUUUGCUUUCAUCAAUUUGGACACAGUCCAUUUCUCCUGCAAAUACACCUCAAAACUAUGAAGCAAUUUCUCAUACAUAUAGCCUGGUGUUGUUGUUCUCUCGAGCCAAGAAUUCCAGUGACGAGGCUUUGAUUAGAAGUUUUCAGCUUGCAUUUUCUUUGAGAAACAUUGCUCUUAAGCAAGAAGAGCCACUCCCACCAUCACGUCGCAGAUCCCUCUUUGCCUUGGCAACUUCAAUGAUUCUUUUUACAUCGAAAGUGUACAAUAUUAUUCCGCUUAUUUAUUGUACCAAGGUGGUGCUGACAGAAAAAAUGAUCGAUCCGUUUUUGCACUUAGUUGAAGAUCGCAAGUUACAGGCUGUUAGUACUGAAUCUGGCCACCCUGCAAUUGUUUAUGGAUCUAAGGACGAUGAUAGCUCAGCUUUAAAAUCCCUUUCAGAGAUAGAUGUUACUGGGAACCAAAGCAGGGAAUUCUUUGCUGCUGAGAUUGCUAAGAGCUUGGGAAAUUUGGCAAAGUUUGAAGCAUCCACUAUACAGGAGAAACUCCUCAACGAAUUCUUACCGGAUGAUGUGUGUCCUUUGGGAGCCCAGCUGUUUAUGGAUACUCCAAUGCAAAUAGAUCAGGUUGAUUCCGAAGAUAACUCUCUAAUGGAGGGCACUCCACUUUUUACAUUAGAUGAUGUUUUUCUAGAUUCAUUGGAAGAUCAAACCACUAAGGCCACAGAAAUUGUCUUCCAAGACACUGACCUAUUGAGCGUCAAUCAACUUCUAGAAUCAGUCUUGGAGACGACACAACAAGUUGGACGAUUGUCUGUAACUGCACCUGAUGUGUCUUAUAAGGAAAUGGCUCGUCAUUGCGAAACCCUUCUGAUGGGAAAGCAACAGAAGAUGUCUCAUGUGAUGAGUGUCCAGUUGAAACAGGAGAGUUUGAUGAACGUCUCCCCCCAGAACCAUGAUGAUGAAAUAAGGAAGGUUACCAAUCCUUUCCUUGAACAAAAUAUCAUUGCAAGCCCACAUUUACCACUAGUUGGCACUGUUCAAAUGCAGUGUGGGGCAGAGUAUCAACAUCAUCCUAACUUCUUCAGGCUACCGGCAUCAAGCCCCUUUGAUAACUUUCUAAAAGCUGCUGGUUGUUGAUAGUAAAGAAGUAAGAGAAGCAUGUUUUCUGUCUACAGUCAAGAAUCAAGUGAUAAAUCAGCUCGGAGCUCAAAGGCCAUACAUCUGCAAGAAUAUCUUGUCAGCGUAUAUAUAUCGCAUUUUCUAUUAAUUUUUACAAAGUCCGAGAUGCCAACAAGAUUGGUUGAUGUUGGUUACUUUUAGUCACCUUCAAUUCUUUCAUUCUUUACCUUUCUCGUUUCUUUUACCUCCAUAUAUUUGGCAGUGACUGUAAGAGGAAGGUGCCUGCCAUUUGCUUCUUGUCCAGUGGUCCUGCAAGAGUGUUCGGAUACUGCCUGGAUUUUUAAGGAACUGGUAUAUCUUGAAUGUCCAUCGCUGAAUGAUGAUAGAUGUGCAAGUAAAUUCUAUACUUGAUCAUGUAUGCUAUUUUGAGAUGUGAAGCCUAUUGAACGAAGUCACCCACACCUGUUCUUCGAUGUAUUCAUAGUAAGAGAUACCAAAAACUCUGUUCCUGGAUUGCAGUGUCUCCUAGCCCGACCUGAACCGGAGACAAUCAGCUCUCUAUCUAUCUCCUUAUGUUUUUUGAAGGAAUGUUUUCUACUAGUUUCA